CCGAGCUGUCAUUCUCAAUGUAAACGUGAACGUCAAGAAGGCAAGGAGAAAACGGAACGGUGCCGAAAUAUCGACGAGAAAAUCCACAGAAUUUUCGCAAGAAAAUCCAAUGCAAAGUUCACGAGAAAAGUGAAAAUCGCACGGCGUCGUUGAGUUGAAUCUGUUUUUGGAUUGCAAUUGGUGCAGAAUACUCCGCGGAACGUGCGAAAUAAUUACGCGAUCGAACUGAAAAGUAGUGCAGUCCCGUGAAAAAAUCAUCUGACAGUGCAAAGUGGUGUCUCGCUGUCGCGCCAGUGUGUGAGUGGCUGAUUGUGUGUCCCCGUUUGAACGUCGAGUCUGGUUCGCACGGUGUCAGGAAGGGUCGAGGCUCCUGCGUUCUCCUUGAAACCAACUGCAAGGCAUUCUGCACGCUCGCAAGCACCGAGAGUCCGCGUCGUCAUCUGCAUUGGCGUGCAAGUCGUCAGUUUCCGGCCCGGUCAGUGAUUUUCCUCGGAAGAAAGUCGCCGAGAAGUGCACGCGCAUCGCUCGACUGUCGUCUGAAGUGCUCGCGACCUCCGGCGCCCGGCAAAUUUGUUGACCUCCGGUGAUCCGCGUCCGCCUGUAUCGUCCGUGAUCGUGACUGCCACAGUCCGCCGCCCGUUGCUGGUCGCUUUUAGCUUGCGUUUUAUCCUUUUUCGUUUCGUUUUCUGUUUUAUUUUCUUGUCGUCGAGCGACAGGACCGCUCGUCAGAAAGUCAGUUGGGAUCCUCGUUGCCCACCACACCUCUGUCGACGCGAAUCGCUCGGAGUGCAAAGCGCCGCCCCACUGUGGAGCACACGAGGGCCGCCCUUCAUUCCCCAGUUUUUCUAAAACGUUUCCGCCACGAAGAAGAUAAUGCCGCUGUUCGGAAAAUCCCAAAAAAGCCCGGCCGAACUGGUGAAGGCACUAAAGGAGGCUGUCAACUCGCUGGAACGAGGCGAUAAGAAGGCGGAAAAGGCUCAGGAGGACGUCAGUAAGAAUCUUGUGUUAAUUAAAAACAUGCUUUAUGGCACAUCAGAUGCAGAACCACAGACAGAGUACGUUGUCGCACAAUUGUCACAAGAGCUUUACAACAGUAACUUGUUGUUGCUUCUCAUACAGAAUCUAAGUCGAAUCGAUUUCGAAGGUAAAAAGGAUGUCGCUCAAGUUUUUAAUAAUGUCCUACGACGUCAGAUCGGUACGCGAUCCCCAACAGUUGAGUAUAUUUGUACGAAACCGGAAAUUCUUUUCACGCUGAUGGCUGGCUACGAGCAUCAGGAAAUUGCCUUGAAUUGCGGCACAAUGCUGCGCGAAUGUGCCCGUUACGAAGCGCUUGCCAAAAUCAUGCUACACUCGGAGGAGUUUUUCAAUUUCUUCCGAUAUGUGGAAGUUUCAACGUUUGAUAUAGCAUCGGACGCUUUUUCAACAUUUAAGGAAUUGUUAACACGUCAUAAAAUAUUAUGCGCCGAAUUUCUUGAAGCAAACUACGAUAAGGUUUUCACACAUUAUCAGCGGCUCCUUAAUUCGGAAAACUAUGUAACAAGAAGACAAAGUUUAAAGCUAUUGGGCGAACUACUUCUAGACAGACACAACUUUACAGUAAUGACAAAAUAUAUUUCGAAUCCCGAUAAUCUUAAGCUUAUGAUGAAUAUGCUUAAGGAAAAAUCACGAAAUAUUCAAUUCGAAGCCUUCCAUGUAUUUAAGGUAUUUGUUGCGAAUCCGAAUAAACCAAAACCGAUCUUGGAUAUUUUACUGAGGAAUCAAGCUAAACUCGUUGAUUUUCUCACGAAAUUCCACACAGAUCGAUCAGAAGAUGAACAAUUUAAUGACGAGAAAGCGUAUCUAAUUAAGCAAAUAAAAGAGCUUAAACCACUUCCUGAACCUUAGUGAUAUCUAUACAAUAUGAUAAAUAUUAAAAUAAUAAUUAAAAUGAGAAAUAAUUAUUAAUAAAGCAAAUAUACGAGUAAUAAUAAAAAGAAGAAUGUUGAGAGAAUAAAAGAAACAAACGACACGAAAACAAAAUGAAGAUAAAUAAUAUUUAUUUCACCCACAACAGAUCAAAAAAUGCUAAAUAAUAGAGUAUUUAAUUAUUCUUAUUAAAUCAAAACAUGCAAAAAAUAAUAAAAACAAAGGAAAAAAUUA